GGCAGGACUGCCGGGGAGUUUUCCGAAAACCCGCGAGUUUACCAAAACAGGAAUAGCAGUGAUUUUUUACUUAUUCUUUGGCAGAGUUUACGCGCGACAGUGACUGAUUGACUGAGUGGUUGUUUUUGGUAAUUGUUGGUAUGAAAUUUUGGUUUAGUCAGAUUAAAUUAGAGGAUGAAUGGAAAUGUUCCUUAAUUAAUGAUCAAGUUUCGAGGCAUAUUGGUUUUCCCUCCCUUACAAGGCGAACGUCUUCUUUCCAAAAUCAAUAAGGAUGCGUAAUGGGGAGGUGUUUUCUUUGGAGGAUUCGUACGUUUGUAGUCGCCAUUUUGAUAGAGUUAUUUCUUAUCGAAGGAAACGCGCUCGUGAAAAAGGAGGAUAUCGAAUCCAGCUUGAAAAGCAUUCACGACGUGGCAAUUGCUAGCCUGGGAGAUUUGUGUGUUACAAAACAAUUCAACUCUUUAACUGUUCCUUUGAACACGUUGAGAUUUGAGUCUACAAGGCAGAAAGCUGACUUGGCUGCCACCCUCUUACAAGAUUUGGGAGUGGCGCAUCACAAUGGUUUGCAAGAUGCUAUAUCGAAAAAUCUAAUUAUCGCCGAUAAAUCAGUGUUGUCGGCUCGGAUUCUUGCCAUUAAUGCUUCCACGGGAUCAUUAGUUAGUUGCGCCUGGUGGCAAAAACAAGGACUGGAUAUCGGCGGACCGAAGAAGGUAUUGGAUACCGGUAUGGAAGUAGGAAAUAGGCCCAAUACCGAAUAUCCCUGGUAUGAAGACGCAGAUUCCAGUCCUGGAGUACGAUCUCCAAAAUUUGUGGAAAGUCCUCCGAAUGUAGCUUACAAGGGAUGGUGGACGUUUCCUUACUAUUCAUGUCUUAGUAGGAAAUGGCUCAUUUCGUACAGUGUUCCAAUUCCACCACCCGGACGAAGAGGGCUUAAAGGAUUUUUAAGCUUAGACGUGGAUAUAUCUCACUUGGAAAUAAAUCAGUGUGAGAACAACAAAAACCAACUUUUGAAUAAUGAAAUAGCAAUCUUCCAUGGAUCGCAUAAAUGCCACAACUCUACUACAAAGUGCAUCUUUAGACCAACUUUAAAUGAGGAAUCCUGGACACGAGGAAAUUACCAGUGUGUUUGCAGACCUGGAUAUUAUUCAGAGUACCACAAUGGUAUCUUUAAUGGAACGUUAGUAGAGAUUGCUUGGUCGGAGUAUUUAAAAACUAGCAGUGAUUCAUGGGAAACAAUUUUUCAAUGCAAAAAAUGUGCUCCCGGUUGUCACUUUUGUAUAGACCCAUCACCUUGUUUAGCUACAUAUCAUUGGCCGUUCAGGAUUAGUCUACUAACGUUCUCAAUUUUUUGUGUGGCCUGCACGAUCAUACUAAUUUUAUACAUGUAUAAACACCGAAAACUGAAAGUUUUCAAAGUUGCAAGUCCCAUCUUUCUCAGUAUUACUUUACUUGGCUGUGCUACUAUGUAUUUAGAGAUGGCUGCAAUCUUUCCCAGUCUGGAUCAGUAUUCUUGCAUCGCCACAAAGUGGUCUCGACAUUUAGGGUUUUGUGUCACUUAUACAGCUUUAUUAAUGAAAACUUGGAGGGUUUCUUUGACUUACCGAGUAAAAUCUGCUCAUAAGGUAAAACUGACUGAUAAACAAUUGCUGCAAUGGAUGGUGCCUAUAUUAUUAGUAAUGCUAAUAUAUCUUGGUACAUGGACGUUUUCCGAUACUCCUACAGCUGAAGAAAUUGUCGAUAAUGCUGGAUUGAGGUUCAAACAAUGCGUCUACAAUUGGUGGGACCACAGUUUAGCUAUUGGCGAAGUUUUGUUUUUGGCUUGGGGUAUUAGAGUAUGUUACAACGUCAGAAAUGCAGAAUCUCUGUAUAACGAGGCUAGACUAAUUAGCUAUGCAAUUUACAACAUCGCCAUUGUCAACAUCAUGAUGAUCGCGUUUCACUUAUUCAUUUUUCCAAAAGCCGGACCAGAUAUAAAGUACCUUCUGGGAUUUAUACGCACACAACUCUCUACGAGUACCACAAUAGCACUAGUUUUUGGACCGAAGAUUAUAAGAGUUUUGCGUGGUCAAGGAGAUCAGUGGGACAACAGAGCCCGAUCUCGCGGAGUGACUGCGUCUUUUUCGUUAAAUGGCAUCGGUCUAGUCCCUGAGGAGGCACCGGAUUUAUAUCAGGAAAAUGAAGAACUGAAGGAGGAAAUUCAAAAAUUGGCUGCUCAAAUCGAAUUUAUGAAGAUCGUUCACAUGGAAAGCAAUAACCGCCACGUGAAACCAAAAACUGGAGGUUACUUUUCAGCACAAAACAUUUCCAACAUCGUACACAGUCCUCUUACAAAACAAGGAUACACUCUCAGUCAGCCUACGAAGCCUCCCGAAGAGCUGUGACGAAACCUUAAGUCUCCCAGUAACCUUAAGGAUCCAUCACACAAUACAUCGGAGACUGCGCACUAUCCUAAGGAGCUCUUGGGUCUAAUGGGCGGUAUCGAUUGGUUCAAGAUGAGUUUCAAAGCGAAGGGGAAAAGUUUGGAAGAAGGGGAAAUUGUCCCUUUGUAACUGUUUAUUCAAUUUUUAGUAGAUUUAUAAAACCCAAAUUCAGUUAAAUCUUAUUUUAUAUGGAAUUAAACUACAGUUGAUUGAAAUAAGAAUUACAUUUUCCAUUUCUUUUGAGGCUUCGAAUUCCAAACAGGAAAUCUCACUUUACUGUACCCGCCAGAGGCUUGCGUAGCUAAUUGUUCUCUGCAUUUCAUGAUCAGGAAGACCAUCAGUAAACGUUUGAACAGCCAACUUCUCCAUCUUUUCUCUGUCUUCGGGAGUUGUUGGAUAAGCAUAUCAUACUAACCUGGCAAUAUCUAGCUCAUAUUCUUGAAGAGCUUCAUCUUUCUUCUGUCUUUGAUUUUUAAACUGCCACUUAUAGACAUGCUCCAAGUGUUAGUGACCACAAAGCAUGUGAGGCCCCUAGAGGUCAAGAGGUCUGAGUAGCAAAAUCAACAUUUUGAGAAAAGUCAAGUCAAAGUUGGAAGAUUAUUGUAAGAGGGAAAAUUAAAAUUGAAUCAUUUUGACUGAAAUAGCAGAAAAUAUUACAACAUUCGGUUAUUGUUUUAUGUAUAAAAAAAAUUUAUGGUGCGCACAUAGAUCCCUUUACCUCUCAUUAAUAUUGUAAGAAUGAAAAUGCUCAAUGUGCACAAAAAUACAUAAGUGGUUUUAUUUUUAUUUUUGUAAGUUCUUUUUAUACAACAGUAUUAAAACAGAAAAUAUUACAAUAUGUUGGCACUGUAAAACUAUUUAAUUGCUAUUGCUAUCAUCUGUGUCAUAAACGUUGUUACCAAAGUGAUUAUCAUUUUCGUUGCCUACAACAGUACCUGUAGCUAAAGGCUUUCCAGUCUUUGCUUCGUGAGAGGCUUAGGUAAAACUCAUGGUAUAUCGGUGGGACGAAUUGCAAGAGUUCCAUCAGAUCUUCAUACUUUUUGUAUUUAAGCUUGGACUUUUCAAUUACCGGAUGAAACAUGGGAAACUGAUUAGGAAUUCUACCUGCUCAUUGUUUCUUCAUUGGAAAUUUUUCGUAAGGCAUAAUACCUUCAGCUGAUGUUGUCUUAUAAAACGGAGAGACUGGGUUUUGCCUUUUCAUAAUCAAACCAUUAUUUAUUAAAUAUAAAAUAAUAUCCUUGCCAACACUAUGGCUAUACAAUGUCCUCGUGGAAACACACAAAACUGCAGAUAUUUUAGUUAAACAGUCUGGCUUGCAUAAUUACAGCACAAGAGGUGCCAAUAAUAUCAAAACAGUCAAAUAUCGUUUGAGUAAAUCACAAAAAAACUCUAUUGGCUUUAACAUAUAUAAUGUCCUACCUAAGGAUUUUAAAAACCUUAAGUCUUCUGGUACAUUAAUAUCACGUUGGUUCUUCUUCUUUUUAAGUUCUAUGAUUCCAAAAUCUUGAUCACAUUCAUUGUAAGAAUGUGAUCAUCAUCCUCAGGAUUAUAAUAUCUGUCUAAUUCGGAAUCAUGGCCUUCUCCAAAUAAUGGUCCUUCACUGCUACCACUUAGAAAACUGAUAUUGUCAUCAUUUGCAUCUUCAUAAUUCUGCUCAUUAUCUACUUUCCUCGUAAACAGAAUCUAUAAAACUAAUCAUUUUGUAAAAAAAUGUACAGUUGUCAUGUUUAUUAUUACUGCUAUAUUAAUUCUUGCAUAUUAAUAAAAUACUAACUAUAUCUAAAUAGAACAGUAAGUAGGAAUAUCUAGUAAUUACACCCUACAUAUUGUAGGCUAGAUUGAACGUCUUCCUCACUUUUUUCCAUUCAGUAAGAGUUUCAGAAAUUGUUUUAUUAUUGUAACACUCUUAUAUACUUAAUAUAAUAUAUACUUUGAAAAACACCAGCAGUAAAAUAACUUGCAUUAUAACCAUUUACAAAGAAAAUAUAAUCAAAAUCGUUCUUAAUAGCACUUAUGUAAACUACAACUAAACUGUGAUGAUUCGUGGUAUAGGGAUCUAAGUGCCUUUGGACCCCUAGCGUUCCAACUUUAAACUUAUCACUACUCAGUGGUUAAGGGGCACCACGCUAGAUGGCAGCAUCUAUCAAAACAAUCACUUGGAUCUCUUCACCACCAAAUAGAUUAAUAUUUUCACAACUCAUUCAUGCACGCCUAACUCAUUUUUUUUUUCAAAAAUGUUACUUAGGCCCCUUGUGCUCCAAGGUCCUCAUGUUUAGUCUCUUCUUAAACUGUUCGAAAUCAUCUAUCCUCUCUACGGCUAUGGUCUGAAGCACAUCCAAAGUGUCUCCACGACGACGCUACGUCGAGCUAUGCUAGGAGUUUCUCUGAGAAACAUACUUUACGAAAUGAGGACUUGCGAAGCAGGACGAAGGUGGAAGAUGUAAUAUGAAGAAUUGCGCAAAUGAAAUGGAAUUGGGUAGGACACGUGGCACGACAAAUCAUUGAAAGAUGGACGAGAAACAUUAUACAUUGGAGACCACGCAAACACAGUCGUACUAGUAUAGAGGAAGACCACAAAAGCGAUGGUUAGCCGACAUGAAAGCAAAGGUGGAAAGAAACUAACACCAAAUAGCACAAAAUAGAGAAGAAUGGAGAACUCGUGUCCAGGAAUGGAUGCAGGAUACAAACAGGCUGAAGAAGAAGAAACGGAUGUUUAUACCGAUAUUUUUUUCUAUUUUUUUAAUGUUUAGUUAACAAAUGUUACGAAUUUUUAAUGUAAUAAUUAGUCUUAUUGCUAUUAUCCAUGUUUAUUGAAAAUUUUCUUUUACUAAAUGUUCGAUGAAAUUAUAAAUCUACUAAAAUUGAUUCAUUAUUAACUACCUAAAUAUUUCUCUAAAUAUUUUAUAUCAAUCAAUAAUAGGCCUGGAUCCCACGUACCAAAAAAAGUUUAUUAAUAGCAAGCUGAAAAUUUGUUAAUGGCUUAACGGUGUCUAGUCGGACAAACUUUGAUGUAUGGGAACAUUGGAACAGGGGAAGUUUUAAUUGUGGAACGUGAUUUUAAUUGUGGAACAUGUCAUCCUGACAAGUUUAUGAUUGUGAAAACUAGCAGGUUGUUUUUAAGUUUAUUCAAUAGCAAACUAUAUAGUACAUGAAAAAAUGUUUGUCCGACAAAUAUGUUGGGCAUUUUAAUAAGUCCGACACGUAGAACAUAUCAAAUGACAGGAAUUUUGCUGGUGGUAAAUAGCAGUCUGAUUUUGGCAUCAGAGUUUAAUGAAAGGAUAACAAAUCAAUUGGAAGUUCUGUCUGACAAAAUACACACACCGGCAAAGUUAGCCGAACACCUUAAAAAUGGGUCAUUUUUGAUGUCUCGAAUUUCCUAAACCUGUUGUCCGAUUUGAGUGAUUCUUUUAGUAUGUUAUAGCCUUAUU